AGAUAAAGUGAGGAUCGGGGCUGGAGGUGUGUUCUUCUGCUGAAACUUAAAGCUGCUUCAGAGAAGCCAGGACUAGCAGAGAGAAACAUCUUGUGGACAGAGCAAAGUUGUUUUAGGGGGAUUUAACACAGCAGCUUCAGCGAUGCAUUCCCAUUCGGGACUGAUCUUUAAAGCAGUCCUGGCUCUUCUACUCCCGAGGCCGAGCAGCGCCGAGUCCGACCCAUUUCAAGCCGUCAACCCGAACGAAUCGGACGGGUGCGUCCAGCCUCCUCUCUCCGCGCUUCUCUCCCGCGGCGCCGCGUCCGCAGCCGCGACAGAUGAGAUCCUGGAGUCCAGCCAGGAAGCGCUGCUCGUCACGGAGCGCCGCUACCUGCGGACGGACUGGUGCAAGACGCAGAUGCUGAAGCAGACCAUCCAGGAGGAGGGCUGCCUGAGCCGCACCAUCACCAACCGCUUCUGCUACGGACAAUGCAACUCCUUCUACAUCCCGCGCCACACUUACCAGGACGGCGGCGUGUUCCAGGCCUGCUCCGCCUGCAGACCGAAAACGUUCAGCACCAUCACCCUCACGCUGUUUUGUCCGGGUCAGACGCCCAGCACGCGGAGGAAGCGGGUCCAGCGCGUGAAGCAGUGCCGCUGCGUAAAUAUCAACACGGACAGAGCCACAGCCGGAUGACCGGACCGUUAAUAAAUAAUCAAGAAAACGGCGUCAGGGUACCAGAGUGAGGACACCUUUGAUGAAACUUGACUGAACUGCUGGAGAGUCCAAAGCCGGCCCAAGUUACGCGGCUUCUUGGGGCCCAACACCACCAGGGGCCCCCCCAAGAGCAUUAUUUUAUUUUAUUUUGUAGUGAUGAAUUGCACAUUUUACACUGUCUACACUUUCUGUUCCAAAUUUUAAAAACAAAAAACAUUAUACUUGCUAACUUGUUUACUGUAAAUUCAAUUUUACUUUCAAUAGUUGAAUUAACAUCUAACAUUUAUAGUAAAUACCACUCUCCUUUUAAAAUGCAAUUGAUUUCUAUGCCCGUCAACUAAAAAGUAGUUUAAAAUUAUAUUCUAAUUUAUUGAGCUGUUUCUAUGCUCCUUUUCUUUUUUCCUGAUGCUUCUCGAUUUUUCUAAUCUACUUAAAUAAACAAAAUACACCGUGA